AUGGUGGUAGGUGAUGAAAACAGGAGCUCUCUGCUGGGGCUGGGGGCAGUGGAGCCUCUACCUCACCUCAUAUCCCACGAAGACAAGCUGGUCCACCCCAACGCCUUCAUGGCCCUGGGGGUCAUCGCUGCCAACAGUAAGGACCCCUCCUCUAACUACAGCUGUAGGAUAGUAACAACUACUGAUAUAGGAUUAGUAACACAAUGCAGUAACUAAAUCAGUUAUUUAGGGUCGGUCGCAGUGUACACAGUGGUGAAUUGUGGCUGAAGACAAGAUUGUUGCCGGAAACGUUAGGUCAUUUCGGUUUCUGCUCUGUUUGAAAGGUGAUGUAAAAAUACUUCUGAAGAAACUGGAUGUCAUUCAUUCUGUCAUCGGAAAGCUGUCACCUGAAAGUAUGCUCUGGCUGGGUGUUUGGUGGCGGCGUGGCUCUCAUAUCUUCUUGAGUAUUAAUCAUAUGUUUCCACCAGUCAUUAUUCAAUCAUUGUGACACGUCACAUUUCAUUGUAUCUGUGUGUAUCUCUCUGUGUGUAUGUGUGUGUGUGUGUUUAUAUGUGUGUGUUCCUGUGCCAGAGGUCCAUGAGUUGUGCCUGGCCUCCCUGUUGGUGGACUUCAGCUGCUGUCCAGCCCUGACCCAGAUGUCAAGAAGAACUCUGAGUCUAUCUACAUCCUGGUGCAGGUGUUUGUGUGUGUGUUUUGUGUGUGUGACCGAUAGGGCUUGAACUCAAGUCUCCUGCUCGCCAUGAGACUAUAUUAGCCUGCUGAGCUAAAGCCCCUUUUUACAUGUAUGUAGGACCUCACCAGCCGCGUGGCUGUGCGUGAACUAAAUGGCGUUCCCCCGCUCCUGGAGCUGAGAUCUGAGAUCCCGGUCAUUCAGCAGCUUGACCUGAGGACCCUGGCAAGCGUAACCACGGAUAACGACAUACAAGUCACCUUCAGGGAGGAGCAGGGCUUUGACAGGAUGCUGGAGUUCCUCUGCAACAAGGUCUGUGUGGGUCAGACCCACCUGGGUCAAAUAUAUUUAUCACAUACUUGAAAGUACUUGUAAAGUAUUUAAGGUGCUCUUGAAAAGCUUGCAGUUUGCUCUUUGUAUUGAAUUCAUUCUACCAGGUAAACAAAAUCAAGCAAAGCUGAAGUAUUUUCUAGAAUUUGACUAAUUCCUUGUGUGUGUGUCUUGUAGGUGUUCAGUGAUCUGCAUGUAGAAGCUCUCCAGGUGGUCUCUAUCUGUUUGGAGGACAGAGACAGUCUCCAGCUGAUCCAUGAGUGUUGUGAAUGAGACGAUGGUGGGGGAGUCAUGAGGUCUCACUGUGUGUGUGUGUGUCUCAGUAAUGUCUGAGGCUGAGGGAGAUGAGGGCUUAGUUCAGCAGCUCCAUCACAUGAUUCCCGGUGCGGUGGCUCAUGCUGCGGUCGUUCUCACCAACAUGGCCAAACAGGAAUUCCUGCGCGGCAGCAUUCUGUCCAGCGAUGGCCGCACUCCUGGAGCCACUGCAGUCAGCAGACACACACACUUGUCAGAGCCAUGCAGGCCAUCGCUGCUCUCGCCUGCGAUGCUGAGGAACAGGCAGACAUGAGUGUGUCUUUGUCCGUAGUGUGGGUUUCACACCUGGGUCAAAUAUAUACAAUUCUUGAGUUUUCCCGGUACGAUGGAACCAAUGGAAUAGUCCCAAAAGUACAAACUCCCUCCUCUCAUUCCAUCUCUUCCUGUUAAGCUGAGGAAUGCGGGAGGCUUUGUCCCAUUGGUCAAACUGCUACGGUCCAAUCACAACUUGUGCGCCAACGAUGAGCCCAUUGCUGUGGAAAUGUGCAAGCUGAGGUGAGUGUGGACGUGUUUAACUAUACAUGUGGGGACCAGAAGUACCCACAAGAAUAGUAAACUAACACAGAUUUAACCAACUGGGGACAUUUUGUUAGUCCCCACAAGGUCAAAUGCUAUUUCUAGGGGGGUUAAGGUUAGAAUUAGUGUUAGGGUUUGAAUUAGGGUUAGGAGCUAGGGUUGGUUUUAGGGUUAGGAGCUUGGGUUAGGGUUAAGGUUAGGUUUUGGGGUAAAGGUCAGGGUUAGGGUCAGGGUUAGGGUAAGGGUUAGGGAAAAUAGGAUUUUGAAUGGGACUGAAUUGUGUGUCCCCAAAAGGUUAGUUAGUUAUACAAGAGUGGGUGUGUCUGUGUGUGUUGGUUAAGCUUUUUCCAUUAUUAAAUGGCUUUGGAUUCCAUACAAUACCACAGAUGGAUACCUAGUCAGUUGUCAGUUGAACUGAAUGCAUUCAACUGAAAUGUGUCUUCCACAUUUAACCCAACCCCUCUGACAUUUCAAGACAGAUUGCAUAAUAAAAUGCUUUUGUGAUUAUAAUCACCAGAGAGGUAGGAGGGUAUUAGUUGUGAUCCACAAGAGAGAUUUACUAAGGAGCCAGCAGAUGGCAGUAUAGCUCUGUAUUAGUUACAUUUAGUGUCUGCUCUGAAGUUGUGUGUUUAUCUGUCUGUAUUGUGUUGUGUAGGACACCAGUGUUUAUUUUGUUUGUUCUGUAUGUUUGGUGUGUUUGUCCAUGCAUCUGUGUGUGGACUCCAACCUGUCUCUCGAAUACAGCCUGACCAACACACGACCCCGGACAGGAAGGGAGGACUGUGUGUGUGUGUUACAUCUCAGCACUACCUCCUCCAUUCUCUCUGUCUCUCAGGCUUGUUCUGGCCAGAGGAUAUUGA